UGACACUUCCCUCCCCUGGGCUGCCUGGAUCCUGACUGACGCCGGCCGACGACGUGAGCUGGGCCCCAGGAGCCGUCGACCCCACCUCUGGGACCGGUGUUUCGUCACGGGUUGGCUUUUUGGCGUCCCCGCGGCCCCGAAGGCUUCCAGGGGCGAAGACUGUCUGGAAGAACCCAAGAACUCUGGGCGCCGCGACUUGUUCACAGCGUUGACGCCGGAAUUGCAGACGCCUUCUCUGGGGCUGGUCCUGCAUCCUGGGUCGUUUUUUGGACGGUCCUAGUAGACACAGCGGAGAACAGGAACAUGCAAGUAUCAAGAAGUGUUCGGCGCCAGGAGAGAGGAGUUCAGCGCCUAGACCCCCCUUGCUCGGCGCGGCCUCCAGGCAGAUCCAGCAGAGCCUGGAGGAGCUCCGGCAAUCCACACAGACUCACCAGCAGAAUUCGGUACAGAUGCAUCAACAGGGUCACGAGGUGAUGGCUGCUCAGCAGCAGCAGAUCCAGCAGCUGGCGGCGCAGCAGGCGUCGGGCCCCAUUGCACCGCUGCCGGAGAAGUUCCCGGAGCAGGGGCCGGGCACGCAGAUGCUGCCGCCGCCGGGCUCGCCGAUGCCAGAGCCGCGGCCGCCGGAUCAGCCCGCGGUCGUGCUGAAGCGCCGCAUCUGCCGGGAGGAGCUGCUCGCAGAGGGCAACCUCUGCGAGUUGGGGCUGCCAGACGAGGGCGGCGCGGGGCGGCAGACCACGGUGCGGGUGACCGGUUUCGACCACAACCGCGACGGGGUCCCCGACGCCCUGCAAGGGGUGA